ACUUAUCACUGAGCAUAGCUGGUUCUUAAGCCAGCUGUCAUCUAUCAAUAUUUGCUUCCUAGAGCUCUUCUUCAUAAUAAGCAUGCCGUGUAAAUUAAGGCAUGAGAGCAAAAAACAGGCCGAGAUAAGAGAUGGAGCAGAAAACUGUGUGAACGACGAAUACACUGGCCAGUAUGGAAGAAAUAAACAGGGUGUCACUCUUAAACCUAUGGAUCACAAAAAUGAUGAGUCUGAGGAUGCUGACGUAUUUAAGCCUAAAUCGUCAAUUUUUCGCACUCCUAAAUGGAGCCGAGAGCCGGAACAGAAACGAGCGGAAAUGAUGAUACUAGUUAGGGAAAUGGAAAACAUUGGUAAACGGCAAUGCUAUCAAUAUCAGAGUAUUAUGAAUGAGGAACUAAUACAGAACUUUUUUGAGGAAAUUGACAGUAUAAACAAAGUUGUUGAUAAAGAUCUGACAAAAAACCCAUUUAGCAUGCAAGAUAAGACAUCUGUUAUGUAUGCAAGCAUAAAUCUACAUAAAUCAUUAACUCGAGUAGUGUAUAAAGUCAGUCAGCUUGAAAAAGAAAAUUUAGCAUUAACAGCUAAAGUAGAAGAGACAAAACUAAGACACUAUGAACUGUCUGGUGGAGCAACCGUAAGCUCAACUGAGAUUCAGGUAACCAAGCAACAGUAA